AUGUCCAAAAGACAAUUCUCAGAUUUUGCGCUGCCGGAGAGCAGCACAAGUGAAGACGUUCUUGGUUCAGUGUCCCAGAUCGUCCAACAAGCACAAGACCUGCUGCGUGCUGCGCAGAGCCUAAAGCAGGAUAUUCAGGAUGGCAAACAGCAUAGGUACAUCGAGGGUGGCAGCCGCCUAAGGGCAAUCACGGCAGACAUAGCCAACAAUAUAGAGAAGCUCAAUGCUCAGCCUUCGGCCCCUCCCAGCAAGGCUCCCAAGCUGCAAGAUGUGUCGGCAGCUCCAGUCCGCAUUCCACACGCCAUCGAUCUCACGCCUUGGACACCUCACGAUGACGCCAAGGCCAGGCCAUUGCCGUCGCUACCAACAAUUCGUAACACUACAUUGGAGAGUGCUGUUUUCACCCACGCUGGCUUGUCCAAAGAUCCGACUGGAAGCUAUGAGAGAUUGGAAUGGAUUGGUGAUGCAUACCUGUAUCUCAUGUCGUCUGCCUUCAUCUAUCAAACAUUCCCCCAACUACCUGCGGGUCGCUGCUCUCAGUAUCGCGAAUUACUGAUUCGAAACAAGACGCUUGGAAAAUAUACGCAGCAAUACGAACUUAACAAGCGUCUCAAGUUGCCACCAGAGUUUCGCGGCCAGAACGACAUGGCUCCUGCGACCAAGAAGCUGUAUGGGAAAGUCCUGGGUGAUGUUUUCGAGGCCUACAUUGCCGGCAUUAUUCUAGGCGACCCUCAGCAUGGCUUGUCUAGCGCUGCCUCAUGGAUCAAGGUCCUGUGGAGGGGCGAGCUUGAAGAAGAGCUUCACAAAGAGUUCCGAGAACGACAGGAACGGCCUCCUAUUGUUACUACUGUAGCACCCUUGAUGGCCAACCGGCCAAAAUCCGAGUCUAGCACGGCAACUUCUACGGAUGCCCCUCCCAAACCACUCGCGCCACCAAAAGUCCGACUUUCUCAGGCUCUUGGAGGCAAGGACGUUCUCAUAGAGUAUAGAGAUCAAGGCGAACCAAAGACGGAGAAGAAAACGGGGUUGCCGUGGUACACAGUAGGAGUUUACCUUCACGGAUGGGGUGUCAAGGACUUCAACAUGGGAUACGGGAGUGCACUCAACAAGAAGGAAGCAGGUUCGAAGGCUGCGCAAAUGGCUCUUGAUAACAAGAAGAUGAUUAGCCGCUUUGCUCAGAGGAAGAAGGACUUCGAUGCAGCAGUGCAGGCUCAGCGAGGUUAG